AUGAAUCGAGACGAUACGAAGGCAAAAGAAGACGGCUCGAGUAGUGUAGUAGGAGAUGAAAUGGCAAUGGGUUCAUUCUCCGGAGAUGAAGCAAACCCAAGGAUUAUCGACAAAUCUGUCGCCCCAGGAACCGACCAAAGUCCCCGAGAUGCAAAUGACAGCGAAGAAAAUGCAAGUGGAAAAGGUGAAGAGGAAGAAUCAAGUAAGAAAAAUGAAGGGGAGGAAUCAAGAGAAGUAGACGAAGGAGAAAAAGAGAAGGAAGGCGGAGACGAAGGAGAAAAAGAGAAGGAAGUCGGAGACGAAAUAGAGCCCCGAAGAAACGACGAAGAAGCUGAUGAAAGGGCGAUAAUUCCGAGUCGACAACAUGAAACUGAGUCGCAUGCAGAUUCGGUUGUAGAUGACGAAGAAGAGGGCAUGCUACCGCUGAAGUUGCACUUUCCUUCAAGCCAAUAUCAAAAGUCUUUAAAGCUUUCAGGAAAGUGUUACAUUGACACGGCGAUAAGAACUAUUCAAACGAUCCUGAAAGAGAAGGAGGUGGAAUGGUUCAUAGAGCACCCACAAUUCCAACAUUUCUUCCAUAUUAAAAACCGAAAGCAGAAGUGGAUGGGAAUGUGGGUUCUCGUUUUGCGAUCAGCUUGUGUUGCGAAGAAGCAUGAGUUAUGGUUUGUCGUUAAUGGCGUCCCAAUCCGAUAUUCUCUUAGAGAAUUAGGAUUCAUUUCUUGUCUAUACUGCCAUGAGUAUCCCCCCAACCAUGAGAGGUUGGGUGGUACAACAUUCAUGAACAAGUAUUUUGGAGGGAGAAGGGUAACAUACGCUGACCUGGAGAAGCAGAUGUUGGCAAUGAAAUCAAAGCCAUCUGAGGAUCGUAAGAAGAUGGCCGUUCUGUUCUUCUUAGCCAGCAUCUUUGUCGGAGGCCGAAAGAGUGGUGAGGGAGCAUCACAUGUGGACAGUUUCUUCCUGCGUGUUGUUGAUGACCUAGAUGCGUGUGUAACGUUCCCUUGGGGUCGGUAUGUAUUCGAACAUAACUUGAAGGAUGUCUCUAGCUUUUUGGAGAAAUGCGACGGGGUUGCGGCGACGAGUUGGGUUUUUACAAGCUUUCCUAUCCCUCUGGAGUUGUUGGCCUUUGAGGCAAUUCCAAGCUUGAGGAACCAUUUCCGAGAAGAUGUGUAUGGUGCAAGCAGUGGUUGCCCGCGGAUGUGCAAGAUGCAGUACAAACGGAAAAGUGGAACCAAGGAAUUUAGUCUGAAAGCUGUGAACGAUAAACUUGGUAAUAAUACAAAGGAUAUUGAGAGUAUCUUGGUAGCAACAGCAGCUGAGGAGGAACUUCUGGAAACCAUAGGAAUGGACAAGGAGAGUUGUUGGGCCGAUGACGCCGAUGAUGCAGCAGUUGAUCGUUGGACGAAGAUAAUACGGAAAGGGAAGAAACAAAUUUUCUUUGAAGAACAGUUCCGCAUGAAUUUUGAGUCUCGCACAGGUCAGAUUGAAGGUCCCACCAAUCCUAUCGGAGGACCAUCGAAUAAUGCACAAUCUGGUCAGGCUCAUGCAGAUUCGGUGGAGGCUACUGGAGCUACUCCUGGAGCUGAGGCUUUAAAAGCGAUGGAAGGUGGGCUUAUGAAUGCAGUCCGAGAUGCAGUUCGAGAUGCUAUGAAGGGAGUGAAGGAAAAAGUCACUUCAUUGUCUACGCAGCUAGGUCUUCUAGAAGAGGAGGUGAAAAAUGAUGGUGAUGGUAGUGACAAUAGCGAGUCGGAAGAAGAGGAUGGUGAUGUGGGUGGGAAUAAGGAGUCGGAGGAAGAGGAUGGUGAUGUGGGUGGGGAUAAGGAGUCGGAUGAAGAGGAUAGUGGUGACAAUAACGAGCCAGACGAAGAGGAUGGUAGUGACAAUGAUGUUGAAGAUGCCAUUCUCGAUAUUUCAAAGGAUGUGCAGAAGGAAUAUGGUGAUGUUGACAUGGAUGAUGAUGAUGCGGAGAUGUAUGCACAUGCUGUGGAGGCCGAGAAAAAAUUAAAGACUAAGGCAGCAGAGUCUGUAAACACGAAAAAAAAGAGGUCGAGAAAAGAUGAUGGCAAAGAAGCAGUUCCUGUGAAAAAGGUUAAGGUGGACUGUGGUGAUAAUGUGAGGAGUCCCAUUCAGCUAAGAAGCAGGGCAGCAGAGGAGAAGACAGCAGAGAAGAGGACCAGAGGUGCAAAGAAGCAGAAGGCAGCUGCUGAGAAGGAGGCAGCAGCUGAGAAGAAGGCAGCUGCGGCAGCUAAGAAGAAGGCAGCUGCUGAGAAGGAGGCAGCAGCUGAGAACGAGGCAGCAGCUGAAAAGGAGGCAGCUAAGAAGAAGGCAGCAGCUAAGAAGAAGCAGAAGAAGCCGAAGACAAAGAAAGUAGGUAAGAAGACCGAGUGA